UCGGUGUCAACCUAAAUGUUAUUUAUGGCGAGAAGAAACAAAAGGCGCUUGGGCGGCUCUUGCAGGAGGUCGUGGCUCAGUCGGGUGACAUUAGUGCCCUGGACUGGGUGGGACAAUCAUCCGAGUUUAACAGCUGUCUGCCAGCAGACAUCACAUCAUACAAAGCUCCACCAAGCAUGCUGCCAUCCCUAUCCAAAGAUGAGAUUCAGGCAUUGGUCUCCUCGCUGCGAAUUUCCGUGGCCGUGGAACCCGCUAUGAAGCUUUAUACACUGCUUGACAAUACGACCGCCCCUCGUUUUGCAAACUGCAGACUGCAACUACCUUGCAUCGCAUUUCGUGUCACAGCAGUCAAACGGAGCCGUCCUCAAGAUCAGGAGACAAAUCUCUCGUAUGAAGUCAAGACAGAUGGGGUUCACGACCUGUUGAUCACCACGGAAGAGAAGUUGAUUCCAUCCUCGCGGGCAAUCGCCACCCGGCAGACGUUCCUGCUUGUCCGUCCGUGGGAUCGUUAUCUCCUCGAGCUGCCCGACUCUGGACUGAGCGUGGAGGAUUUAUCUGCGCCCGAGGUUCCUAGAGAACAUGAGCUGGUUGAUUCGGAGUCCCACUCGCGAUCUUCGCGAUUAAUUGAUCGCCUGCGACAACCUUUCGCAUUUUUCGGUUCACUCAGCCGAUCUUCUGGAAACAGAGGGUCAGCUGAUCCGGAGUCUCACUUACGAGCUUUGCGAUUGAUUGUUCGCCUUGGACAGCCUUUCCACGCAUUUUUGCUAGCGCAGCAGCGUGGCGGAGAAUAUAAGAGAAUCGCCACGGACCGUACUAUCAUUGCACAAGUCAAAGACAUAGCUUCUCUUCGUACCACGGACGUCAGGACAGUAGAGAUAUUGUAGUGGUAUGCAUUUUUAAGCACAGAGAUCUUUGAGUAUAUAGUUUUCAUUGGUUACGGUGUAUGUGUCUCGCUGCUACAGGAAAGCAGCACAAUUCUAACUGCAAUAAUAAUGCAUCUGUUACUCGUACGAACACGCUAUCACGGAACUGAGGGACCCAGCUGAGCAAUGACAUGCCUUCCAUUGAGAAGCAGAUUGUGCUGUCUUUUAUGAGAACUUUCAUGACUUGCCAAUGACGUAGCAUCUGCCGCAUUUCUAGC